AUGGAAAAUGUUAACAAGGCGGACGAUAAUCCUUUUGUUGAAUGUCCAGCAAUAAGUGAAAAUUCCGCUUGUCCAUGCUAUAAAUUUGAAGAUGGUUUGUUCCUAGAAUGUCCCGGAGUCACCAGCUUAUUACUGAAAACAAAUCUUCAACAUAUUCAGUCACCCAUUCAGUCGCUUUCAAUUUAUGAUUUCGAUCGAACAAUAACGACAUUAACCAGUGAUUUAUUCAGUUCAUCAUCGGAAAGUGGAUUACAUAUUAAACAUCUACAGUUCUCAAACUCUAACCUUCAGACAUUGAAGGAAAACAGUUUAGUUAAUUUAAAAGAGUCGCUUGAAAGCUUGAGCAUUGUAAAUGGAAAGUUAGGAAACGUCCCAACAAAAGCUCUUUCACAGUUGCAGAAACUUAUAGUUCUGGACUUUGAAGCGAAUGAGAUAGCAGAGUUGUAUGAUAAUAGUUUCUAUGGGAUUCAUUUAGUUAAACUACAUUUAAAAGGAAAUGCGAUAGAAGAUUUACCUGAAAUGACAUUUUCCGGACUUGAAGAGUCAUUGGCUGAGAUUGAUUUAUCGGAGAAUAAAUUAACAUCAUUUCCAAUUGUUCCUUUAAUUAAAAUGGAGAAUUUACGCAUAGCAAGCACAUGUUUCUUUUCACUUCGUGAACUUCAAUCACUUGACAUUAGUCACAAUGACAUCAUUGAAGUAGAUCCUUUGAUAUUUGAGUUCAACAAGCACCUUCGAAUCAUCGACAUGAGUCACAACCAUAUUCACUACAUCAGUGGAGUUUUCUCAAACCUUCCUGAACUCGAAGAGGUGUUGUUGAGUGAAAAUAAUAUCCUUGAACUAGGAAAUAACUGCUUUUCAAACUCGAGUAGUAUCAAAGUGAUUUAUUUGGAGAACAAUUCAAUUCAACGUCUCGACUUCUACGUUUUCCACUCGCUUGGGAAUCUCGAUCAACUUUAUUUAAGUAACAACUACAUCAAGAAACUUCCAUCUACGAUUUUUGAGUACAAUCGUAAGCUCACAUCACUGACGUUAGAUAAUAACUUGUUAAAAGUUUUAGAUGACAGUGUCUUCAGUAAUCUGAUAAAUUUACGAGAAAUUCGAUUAAAGGAUAAUCUCAUCGAGCGCAUCGACAACCGACUUUUUGCUAACUCCAGGAAUUUAAUGGAGCUUUAUCUACAAAAUAAUCGGAUUAAGACAAUUGAAACAGAAGCCUUUCGACAAUGUCACCGUUUGAAAUAUGUUGACAUUCGUCACAAUGAGUUGGUUGACGUUGAAAAUAUUUUUAACACAAACUCUUCGCUGUUAUCGGUGCAGUUGAAUAGCAAUCUAAUUAAAUUCAUCAACCAUAAGAUAUUUAAUAAUCAAUUCAAUGUGCAGGUCUUGUCGUUAGAAAAUAAUUUAAUUAAAAAGCUUGAAAAGGCACUUUUUACAAAUUUAUUGCAUAUUGAACGUUUAUAUUUGAAGAACAACAGCAUUUACCAGAUUCCUGAUAAUGCUUUUGAUAAAAUGCUAACAUUAAAACAUUUAGAUUUGAGUAUAAACGAGUUGAUGACUGUCAACCAGAAUCUUUUUGCAAAGCUCGUGAGACUUGAAGAGCUGCACUUGAGCCAAAACCUUAUCCAUUCGAUUGAAUCGAAUUCGUUUGAAAAGUUGAAGAACUUGAAGACAUUGGAUUUGUCUGAAAACAAUAUUCAUUCGUUGCAUAAGGAUUUGUUUGUUGAUCCACUGCCAUCACUUUACUAUUUGAACUUGAGACGAACGAAUCUAUCAAAAAUCGAGCCUAGUGUCUUUAAAGGUCUCACAAAUCUCAAUGAAUUGAAUCUUGACGAGAAUUUCUUGCACUCUUGGGACAUUAGACAAAUUGACAUUCCAAGCUUACGAGUGAUGAGAAUAUCUUCAAACAAUUUCAGUGUGUCAGCAAUUAAAGAGAAUAUGUUUGAUAAAUUGCCAUCAUUACAAACAUUAAUUAUGGUUGAUUGUGGAAUUACACAACUACCCGACACCCUUUUCGUUCGAAACACAAACCUCGUACGAAUCGACUUAAGUCGCAAUCAACUUCGUGUGAUAAAUCGUAAUCUCUUUAGCCGAUUGAAUGUGUUUAAAGAGCUUAACUUAAAUAAGAACGUUAUUAAUGAUUUUCCACACAUGGCGCUUUCGAACAUCUCAACGUUGGAAAUUUUAUCACUCGCCAACAAUGCUAUCAACUACAUCGAUUUUUUCAAAUUGAAUGGAUUACCAAACUUGAGGCAGUUGGAUUUAAGCGAAAAUCUGAUAACAUCAAUCAGUGGCUUUAACACAGCACAUUUACCACAUUUGGACAUGAUCGAUUUGAGUGGAAAUUCAUUGUUUUCAUUGCCGAGUAAUUUCUUCCAACACUCAAUAAGCCUUCAACGCAUCGAUUUAGCAUUCAAUCGUUUCAUGCAGAUUCCAUCGACUGCAUUGUCAAAGAACUCUUUGGCUCGUUUGGCAUGGCUGAAUUUGACCGGAAAUCCGCUGGAGAAAAUCUAUGCAGGCGGCAUUCAAGACGAAAAAUAUCCAUAUUUAACUGAGCUUCAUAUUCGCCAGACAAACUUAUCGAUUUUAACCAGCAAAGACUUUGAAAUGUUCCCAGCACUACAGAAUUUGUAUCUCACACAAAAUCAUAUCAAUCGAAUAUCGCCGGGAGCAUUUAUAACAUUGUCGACUUUGCAAAUAUUGGAUUUAAGUCAGAAUGUUAUUGAGAUGCUGCCAAAAGAACGACUACAAGGACUUUAUCAACUGACCAAGCUCAAUGUCUCAAACAAUAAUCUUCGAGAUUUGGAAGAAUUCUCUCAAGAUUUGGGCCUCUUGAAAUCAAUCGACUUAUCGUAUAAUCAAUUGAAUAUAAUCAAUAAAGAGACGUUUAGUUAUUUAUUGAGUCUGAGGGAACUUCAUCUUACAGCAAAUCGGUUGACGACCAUUCCGAUGGAUUCAUUUCGAACCCUUAGGAAGCUUGAAUUGUUGGAUAUACAAAGAAACAAUUUCGAUUCAUUGCCGCUGAAAGCUUUAAGGCCACUGGAAACACAUUUGAAGCAUUUGAGAAUUUCAGGUAACCCAAUUCACUGCUCAUGUGAAUCUCAAGAGCUUUGGGAGUGGUUGCAUGACCAUCUGAAAUGGAAGCUUCUCGAUGAGGUUACAGGCAAAAGUCAACUAAAUUGUAAUCAACCUGAGACAUUGAAGGGAAAAGAUUUCCUUAAGAUGGAACCACAAGAUUUUUGCGAUGCUCCGUUGAUUAUGAAACUCGCCAUUCAAGAUAUUCAACCUUAUUCAGUGCUGGUUUCAUGGCAAAGUCGAGAGCACUCGGGAUUGAAUGGUUAUCAAGUGAUUUACCAUUCAUUAGAAGUGCCGGAUGAGGUUCGCAGCAUGUACUUGAACAGAUCAUCAAAUUCAGCUCGUUUAAUCGCUCUUGCGUCAAACACUUUGUAUUUAAUAUGUGUUUUGGGAGUUGGCAAUUGGUUGACAUACCAAAACGACUUCAAUAAUAGCGAUAGUACAUCUCAUAAUUUAAUUGCUACUAUAACAAAUGCCCAAAACGAAGUUUACCCUGAGGCGAUUAAAGGACUGUUGACAGAGUCAAUGACUUCAAGAUGUACGCAAGUUAGGACACUUUAUGCCUUAAGUAGCAUCAUGGAAAUGGAUUCGUUGUCUAGCAAUGGAUUUUUCCACUCGUUAGUAACACGACGACUGGGAUUAAUUGUUGGAUGUUGCUUGGGGAUUUUCGUCUUUAUCAUUCUUAUCGCUGUUCUCGGUUGGCUAAAAGUGAAAAAGCGGAGAAUUGAGCAAGCCAAACGACAACAAAUGCCACAAGAAUUUCUAUCGUAUCGUUCGUAUGCCGUUGCACAAGAAGAGCAAAGUCGUGAAUUGAAUCAUUAUAACAACAAUGCAGCAUUGACGCAUCACAUGACAAAGGAGCACGCUAAAGAUAAUUUAAGUAAUAUGUCAAAUUGUCAACAUCAUCACAUGCAUAAUUCUCAUGGGCAUCCUAAUUAUAUAUCGGGAACAGUUAUGGGAACUACCACAGUACCAAUUGGUCAACCAAACCCGUAUAUGCCUUUGGUGAUGCCUAUCGGAAAAUCAAAUAAGGAAGAUAAAAUCUUCUUUUUUAUAUCGAAAAUAAAUUGA